AUGGGAGACGAGUCGCUCACAAGAAUAUCAGAGACACAUCGAUCCUAUGAUGCACUGCAGUAUCCUCUCAUCUUCUGGAAGGUAAAGACGGAUAUCACUUCAACAUUCCUCACACAGAUCCAGCGACUGGUGCAGCAAAACUCUCAGCAAAACGAGUAUUCUGUGGUCAAGAAAGCCAUUUUGAAAUCUUACCGGUUGACAGCAGAGUCAUAUAGAGAUAAGUUUAGAAAUACAUUCAAAUUGCCCGAUCAGUCAUAUAUCAAAUAUGGUCACACUGUCACUAAGUUACGCAACAGAUGGCUUUCUGCUAGUGGAGUUAAAAUCUAUGAUGAACUUUGUGAAUUGAUUGCACUAGAGCAGUAUUUGAGAGGUGUGGUCAUACAGUUGCACCAGCCCAUGAAACUACGGCGGUCAGAGGACUCGGACCAACGCUUGUACAACGCGGGCCCCAACUCUCGCUCACCACGGGCCGCCAGAACAAGGUGUCUCCAGAACAAGGUGUCUCCUCCAAAGAAAGGUGUUGCACCAGAACAAGAGGUUUCUCCAGAACAAGGUGUCCCCUCCCAGAACAAGGUGUGUCUCCUCCAGAACAAGGUGCCCCUCAGAACAGAGUCUCCCUCCAAAGAAAGGUGUUGCACUCCAGAACAAGAACACAUGGUGUCCCCUCCAGAACAAGGUGUCUCCUCCAGCAACAAGGUGUCUCCAGAACAAGGCUCUCCAGAACAAGGAGUCUCCCUCCAGAACAAGGAGCCCCUCCAAAGAAAGAACAAGGCCCCUCCCUCCAUAACAAGGCGUCUUCCAGAACAAGGUUCUCCAGAUCAAGGUGUCUCCCUCCAACAAGGUCUCCAGAACACGGUGUUCCCUCAGAACAAGGUGUCUCCCUCCAGAACAAGGCGUCUCUCUCCAGAACAGUCCCCUCCAGAACAAGGCCCCUCCAGAACAAGGCCCUCCAAGAAAGGUGUUCCUCCAGAACAAGGUGUGUGUCCUCCAGAACACAGUCCCCUCCAGAACAAGAACAAGACCUUCCAGAACAAGGCGUCUCCUCCAGAACAAGGCGUCUCCUUCCAGAACAAGAACAAGGUACUUCCUCCAGACCAAGGUGUCCUCCAGAACAAGGUGUCUCCAGAACAGGGUGUGUCCCCCUCCAGAACAAAGGGCCCUCCAGAACAAGAGGUCUCCUCCAGAACAGGGUGUUCCCCUCCAGAACAAGGCGUCCUCCAGAACAAGGUGUCUCCCUCCAGAACAGGUCCUCCAGAACAGUGUCUCCAGAACAAGAACAAGGUGUCUCCGAGAACAGCGGGGUGUCCCCUCCAGAACAAGGCGUCUUUCUCCAGAACAAGGUGUGUCUCCAGAACAAGGUGCUCACCUCCAAGAAAGGUGUUGGGUCUCCAUAACAAGAACAAGGUGUCUCCUCCAGAACAAGUGCCCCCUCCAAAGAAAGGUGUUGCCUCCAGAACAAGGUGUCUGCUUCCAAAGAAAGGUGUUGCCCUCCCAGAACAAGAACAAGGAGCUCUCCAGAACAAGGAGUCUCCUCCAAAGAAAGGUGUCUCCCUCCAGAAGGUGGCUCUCCAGAACAAGGUGUCUCUCCAGAACAAGGCGUCUCCUCCAGAACAAAGUCUCCAGAACAAGGUGUCUCCAGAACAGUGUCCCCUCCAGAACAAGGGCGUCUCCCUCCAGAACAAGGUCUCCUCCAGAACAAAGUGCCCCUCCGGAACAAGGUGUCUCCUCCAAAACAAUAUGCCUCCCACCAGUACAAUGUCCCUCCAGAACAAGGUGUCCUCCGAACAAGGUGUUCCACCAGUACAAGGCUCCUCCAGAACAAAGCGUCUCCCUCCGGAACAAGGUGUCUCCUCCAAAACAAUAUGCCUCCCUCCAGAACAAGGUCUCCCUCCAGAACAAGGAUCUCCUCCAGAACAAGGCCCCACCAGUACAAGGUCCCUCCUCCAGAACCAGGUGUCCCCUCCGAACAAGGUGUCUCCUCCAGAACAAAGGUCCUCCCAGAACAAGUGUUCCCCCUCCGGAACAAGGUCUCCUCCAGAACAAGGUGUCUCCUCCGAACAAGGCGUCUCCCCACCAGUACAAGGUCUCCUCCAGAACAGAACAAGGUGUCCCUCCAGAACAAGGCCUCCUCCAGAACAAGUGCCCCUAAAGAAAGGGUGGCCUCCAGAACAAGGUGUCUCCUCCAGAACAAGGUGUCUCCAAAGAAAGGUGUUUUGCCUCCAGAACAAGGUGUCCCCUCCAGAGCAAGGUGUCCUCCAGAACAAGGUGUCGCCCUCCAGAACAAGGGUCUCCCUCCAGAACAAGGUGUCUCGCCCAGAACAUGGCGUCCCCCAGAACAAGAACAAGGUGUCCUUCAGAAUGUUGUUCUCCAAAGAAAGGUGUUGCCUCCAGAACAAGGUGUCCUCCAAGAAAGGUGCUGCCUCCAGGAAUGGCGGUGUCUUCCAGAACAAAUGCGGUCUGCCUCCAGAACAAGGUGUCCUCUCCCAGAACAAGGUGUGUCUCCUCCAGAACACAGUGCCUCCUCCAGAACACCGUGACUCCCUUCUAGAAACAAGGUUCCUCCUCCAGAACACAAGUAAGGUUCCUCCAGAAUACAGGUCUCCUCCAGAAGAAGGUGCUCCUCCAAAGAAAGGAUUUGUCUCUCCAGAAGAAGAUGUCCCUGUCCAGAACAAGGUGUCUCCUUCCAGAACAACGUGUGACUUUCAGAACACAGUCCCCCCUCCAGAACAAGGUGUCUCCUCCAGAAUAAGGCAAGCAGUUCUCCAGAACAAGAACAAGUGUCUCCUCUCCAACAAGGUGCCUCCUCCAGAACAACGUGACUCUCAGAACAAGGUGCCUCCUCCAAAAAAGGUGUCCCCCUCCAGAACAAGGUGUCUCCAGAACAAGGUGUCUCCAAAGAAAGGUGUUGCCCUCCAGAAGAAGAUGUCCCCGGCCCAGAACAAGAAACAAGGUGUCCUCCAGAACAAGGAAACUCCUCCAGAACAAGGUGCCUCCAGGAAACAACGUGACUCCUUUCAGAACAAGAACAAGGUGUCCCCUCCAGAACAAGCAAGGUCUCCUCCAGAAACAAGGUGUCUCCUCCAAAGAAAGGUGUUGCCCUCCAGAACAAGCAGUUCUCCAGAACAAGGUGUCUCCCCAAAAGAAAAGUUUAAAGCCCUCCAGCACAAGUGCAGUGUCUCCCUCCAGAACAAGGUGUCCCCUCCAGAAGCAAAUGCCUCCAGAACACGGUGUACCCUCCAGAACAAGGUGUCUCUGCUCCAGAACAUGGCGUCCCUCCAGAACAAGAACAGGGUGCCCUUCAAGAACAAGGUGUCUCCUUCCAGAACAAGUUGUCUUCCAAAGAAAGGUGUUGCCCCUCCAGAACAAGGUGUCCUCCUCCAAAGAAAGAACAAAGCUCUCCAGAAACAACGUGGACUCCUUCAGAACACAGCCCUCCAGAACAAGGUGUCUCUCCAGAACAAGGCCAGGGGUGUCUCCCUCCAGAACAAGGUGUCUCUCCAAAGAAAGGGUACAGCCUCCAGAAGAUGUCCUGUCCAGAAACAUGUGUCUCCUCUCCAGAACAACGACUCUUCUCAGAACAAGAACAACAAGGUGGCCUCCCCAGAACAACGUGACUCCCUUCAGAACAAGGUGCCUCCCUCCAGAACAUGGUGUCUCCAGAGUCAAGGUGUCUCUCAGGUUGCUACAAGUUCCUCCAAAGAAGCAGGUUCUCCAGAAGAAGAUAACAAGGUGUCCCUCUCCAGAACAAGGCGUCUCCUCCAGAACAAGGUACCUCCUCCAGAACACCAAGGUGUCGCCUCCAGAACAAGGUGUCUCCUCCAGAAGAACAAGCAAGGUCUCCAGAACAAGGCGUCUCCUGAACAAGGCACUCCUCCAGAACAAAAGUGUCUCCUCCAGAACAAGGUGUCUCCUCCAGAACAGGGUGUCCUCCAGAACAAGGCGUCUCCUCCAGAACAAGGUGUCUCCCCCUCCAGAACAGGGGUGUGCCCUCCAGAACAAGGCGUUUCCUCCAGAACAAGAACAAAGUGUACCCUCAAGAACAAGGUGUCUCCAAAGAAAGCAAAGGCCUCCAGAACAAGGUGUCUCCUCCAGAACAAGGUGUCCUCCCCUCCAGAACAAGGCACCAGCUUCCAGAACAAGGUAACAAUAAGGUGUCUCCCAGAACAAGGCAGCCCCCAGAACAAGGUGUCUCCCUCCAAAGAAAGGUGUUGCCCCCAGAACAAGGUGUCUCUCACUCCAGAACAUGGCGUCCCCCUCCAGAACAAGGUGUCUCCUCUCCAGAACAAGGUGUCUCCUCCAGAGCAAGGUGUCUCCCUCCCAAAGAAAGGUGUCUCCCUCCAGAACAAGGUGUCUCCAGAACAUGGCGACCCCCUCCAGAACAAGAAUAAGGUGUGUCCUCCAGAACAAGGUGUCUCUCCAAAGAAAGGUAAGGUAACUCCAGCCCAAGGUGUCUCCCUCCAGAACAAGGUGUCUCCUCCAGAACAAGGUGUUCUCCAGAACAAGCUGUGUUCCCUCCAGGGUGUCUCCUCCAGAACAAGGUGUCUCUUCCAGAACAAGAACAAGGCGUCUCCCUCCAGAACAAGGUGUCUCCAGAAUAAGGCAGUCCUCCAGAACAAGGUGUUCUCCAGAACAAGGUGUCCCCUCCAGAACAAUGUUCUCCAGAACAAGGCGUCUCCUCCAGAACAAGGUGUCCCCUCCAGAACAAGCAAGGUCUCCCUCCAGAACAAGAACAAGGUGUCUCCUCCAGAGGCAGUGUCUCUCAUGGACCACGGUGUCUCCUCCAGAACACCAAGUUUCCCUCCAGAAAUACAUGUGUCUCCUCCAGAACAAGAACACAAGGUGUCCUCCCUCCAGAACAAAGGUGUCUCCUCCAGAAACAAGGUGCUCCCCCAGAACAAGGUGUCUCCAGAAACAAGUGUGUCUCCCCUCCAGAACAAGGAGUCUCCCUCCAGAACAAGGUGCCCUCUCCAGAACAGCAGUCUCCCCAGUGGACCACGGUGUCCCCUCCAGAACAAGGUGUUUCUCCAGAACAAGGUGUGUCCCUGCAGAAACAAGGUGUCCCUCCAGAACAAGAACAAGGUCUCCUCCUCCAGAACAAGCACGCCUCUUCCAGAACAAGGUGUCUCCUCCAGAACAAGGUCUCUCCAUAACAAGGUGUCUCCAAACACAGGUCUCCAGAACAAGCUCCUCCCCCUCCAGAACAAGGUGUCCCUCCGGAACAAGGUGUCUCCUCCAGAACAAGGCGUCUCUCUCCAGAACAAGUUAGAGAGAGAGAGAGAGAGAGAGCCAAGUGAUGGUCUUAGAGUAUGUAGAGGAGAGAAGACUGAACAAAGAACAAGCCCAGAGGGCUACGAGGAGGUGACGACCCAUCUAGCGCUGCGGACGCCACAAUCCCAGUUGUUGACAAUCACGAUCUCAGACCUUGAACUUGCUCCUGAUCCUCACGGACACAUAAGUGCUCACAAACACGUGCACAAUGCACUUUCCAUGAUCGAAGAGGUGGCGAAGGGAACCAAUAUUCAGAUCACACAGAAGAGAGAAAGCUGA